AUGGCUGCAGUCAAUCAGGACACCGCCUCUGUUGUGCUCAACCAGCCCAACAACUCUGGCUUGCUCAUCGCCAUCCACCCCUUGACUCUCCUGAACAUCUCUGACCACUUUACACGCACAGUCAUCCAGCAAGCCAGCCCUGGUCCAGUUCAUGUCAUUGGAGCCUUGUUGGGUAUUCAGUCUGGACGAGAGGUCGAAAUCUUCAACUCGUACGAGCUGCAGUUUAUGAUACAGCCUGAUGGCUCUAUUCGCAUUCAUGAGGAGUACUUUGUCACCAAGCAGGAGCAGUUCCGCCAGGUGUUCCCUUCGUAUGAUUUCUUGGGCUGGUACACAGUAGGCCGCAAGCCUUCCAUGAUUGACAUUGAUGUUCUCCAACAGUUGAUGACAUAUAACGAGAGUCCACUGUUCCUUCAGAUGGACCCUAACGAAGUUCCCACACCAGCACGGUCUCUUCCUAUUACUGUGUACGAGUCGAUCGUCGACAUUGUUGAUGGUCAGCCCCAGCCAGUGUUCAUCAAAGCAGCCUACAAGGUUGAGACAGGAGAGGCGGAGCGAAUUGCUGUUGACCACGUUGCCCAUGCUGCCACGCACCAGGAAGGAGAGAGCUCUUUGGUCAGCCAUCUUUCAGGACAGCAGAAUGCCAUCAAGAUGUUGGAUACACGCAUCAAGCUGCUGCAUGAGUACCUCCAGGACUCUGUCAAUGGGAAAGUGCCCAAGGACCAUGAUUUGGAGAGACAGAUUUCAAGUCUUUGCAACCGCUUGCCGACCAUCUCUGGACAAGCAUUCGAGGAGGAAUUCAUGACGGAAUACAAUGAUGUCCUGUUGACAUCCUACUUGGCAACGGUGACAAAGGGCAUUCACGCCAUGAGCGACAUGGUUGACAAGUUCAAUGUGGUUGCCAGCCAGAACAGCCACCAUGGCCAAGGCCGCGCCCGCCGUGGACUGAUGGGAUAA